AUCGUUUCUUACAAGAUGUUUCGCUUCAGUGACUGGACCAUGAAAAAAGCUGGCACUUAUUUUUUGACAGUGUUACUUGAAGCAGAUAAGACGCAAAUCGGUAGGUCAGUUGACGAGUAUUCGCUUUGGGAUAUUAAACUAGUUUCAUUUGUUGUGAUGAGAACCAUGAUUGAGUUUCUUACAUUUUUGUGCAUUAUGCAUGGCGUUGCGAGUUUUUCUUUUCAUAAUGUGCAGCCAGGGGCUCAAGUUCAUCGUACAGUCAGUUUAGGUCAAUUUACAAAUAUUGGUUCGAAUGUGACAAUAAAAUACAAUGCACAAAUAGGAAGUUUUGUAACGAUUUCACCAUCGACAAUAAUCGGAGAAAAUACCCAGAUCGGUAGUCAUUCUAUCGUUGGUCAACGCUGUAUUAUUGAAAAUGACGUAAUCAUUCAUAACUUUGCAAAGAUUGGGAAUGACAACACAAUUCGACGUGGUUCAAUUCUCGCUGGAUUCACAUCAAUUGGAAAUGACGUGAAAUUCGGAAAUCGAGUGAAAGUGAAUCAAUAUGCAGCCAUCGCAGAUGAAGCAGAAAUUGGAGAUGAUGAUUACUUAGAUCAAUAUGCACUGGUUGGUUUGAGUGUCAAAGUCGCACCCAAAGCGUACAUUGGUAUGUUCAGCUCUAUCCAGCCAAAUGCGAUCGUGAACGCAUUGGCAGUUAUUCACAAAUUCGUUGAAAUACCGAGUGGCGCAACAGUUAAAUACAAUGAAGUUGUAAUACGAACACCUUCGUCUUAUGAACUAUAUCAGAGAUGCUUGCCAGUAGAGAGCAUUUUAGCAGCACACAUCGAAAUUGCUGCCAGUAAAAAUACGGGAUCCGAUGCUGAAUUCAAUAAUUUAUUGCGGAGUUUAAUGGAUUCACAAAUAAAUUAUUUGAGAACAAACUGUGAACAAAUUCCCUCGAUACCAGAGAAAUUGUUUUUGAUUAAAUCAUUGUAUUUGAUUCGGUGUCAUGGCAUAGACCGUUUCAAACAAAACUUACAACAAGUUCAAGAAACUCUGAACGGCAUAUCAAAAAUGUAUGUAGGUAAUGGACAAGUGUUCAUCAAUGGUAUCAGAAUGGAGUGCACACAGUUUCAGAGAAUGAGAAGACAACUUGAAAAUGAAUAUCAUUUUGCAGAAAAUUCGGAGAGAGUCGUAUUGCAGCCCGAUAUUAAGAAGAAUUUCAUUAAGCUACUGGCCAUCGAGCAAGAUGGGGAACGUGAAUAUCGCAUCGAAAAUGACACUAUCUGCUCAAUGUUGGAGCAGAUACGAAGUGGAGAACGAGAAGUAACAUGCGCAAAUCGUAGCCUAAACGAACAAUCCAAUUUGAGCUCCAAUUAUUGUUAAUCACGUUAAAACUUCCUGAUGAUUUUAAAAACUAACUUUUUUUGAAUAAAAGAAAGACACAUAAGAACAACAA